AUGCGUGGACUUGCCCUCCUCACGGGCCUCGUUGGCAUUGCCAAUGCUGCCUGUCCUUACAUGACGGGCGAGGCAUCUGGGCUGAUUCGUCGUGACGAUGGAGAUGCCGCUGAAGGCACCGAAGAAUUUUUGUCCAACUUUUACUUGAAAGACGAGGACGUUUUCAUGACCUCGGAUGUUGGCGGUCCCAUCGAAGACCAGAACAGCUUGAAGGCUGGAGAGCGUGGGCCGACUCUGCUGGAGGAUUUCAUUUUCCGCCAGAAAAUUCAACGCUUUGAUCAUGAACGAGUUCCCGAACGUGCCGUCCAUGCCCGUGGUGCCGGUGCCCACGGCGUAUUCACUUCCUACGGUGACUGGUCGAAUAUCACCGCUGCUUCCUUCCUCUCUGCGAAGGAUAAAGAGACCCCGGUCUUCGUUCGCUUCUCGACUGUUGCUGGAAGUCGUGGAAGUGCUGACACGGCUCGUGAUGUCCAUGGCUUUGCAACUCGCUUCUAUACCGAUGAAGGAAACUUUGAUAUCGUUGGCAACAACAUUCCCGUUUUCUUCAUUCAGGAUGCGAUCAAAUUCCCCGACUUGAUUCACGCCGUGAAGCCUCGCGGCGACAAUGAGAUCCCGCAAGCGGCGACUGCGCACGACUCUGCUUGGGAUUUCUUCAGUCAACAGCCGAGUGCUUUGCAUACGCUUUUGUGGGCGAUGGCUGGCCACGGCAUCCCCCGAUCAUUCCGUCACCUGGACGGCUUUGGUGUGCACACCUUCCGCCUGGUCACCGAGGAUGGUGAAUCCAAGCUGGUUAAAUUCCACUGGAAGGGCCUUCAGGGCAAGGCCAGCCUUGUGUGGGAGGAGGCACAGCGGGUGUCUGGCAAGAAUGCGGACUUUAUGCGUCAGGAUUUGUAUGAUGCUAUCAACGCUGGUCGCUAUCCAGAGUGGGAGCUCGGUGUUCAAAUCAUGGAUGAAGAUGAUCAACUGAAGUUUGGAUUUGACCUUCUUGACCCGACCAAGAUUGUUCCCGAAGAAUACGUGCCCGUCACCAAGCUGGGCAACAUGCAGCUGAAUCGGAACCCCAAGAACUACUUCGCUGAGACCGAACAAGUCAUGGUACGUCUGUCGCUCCUUAAUACCAUUUUGCCACUGCUGACAAUCGGCGAUCAGUUCCAACCCGGUCACAUCGUUCGUGGUGUCGACUUCACGGAGGAUCCUCUCCUCCAAGGCCGCCUCUUCUCCUAUCUGGACACUCAACUCAACCGAAAUGGCGGCCCCAAUUUUGAACAGAUCCCCAUCAACCGCCCUCGCAUCCCCAUUCACAAUAACAACCGCGACGGCGCUGGCCAGAUGUUUAUCCCCCUCAACCCGAACGCCUACACUCCCAACACGCUGAACAACGGCUCCCCGAAACAGGCCAAUCAAACCGUUGGCAACGGCUUCUUCACUACGCCCAGUCGCACAACGAGCGGAAAGCUGCUUCGUGCCGUCAGCUCUACCUUCGAAGAUGUCUGGUCACAGCCACGCCUUUUCUGGAACUCGCUCGUGCCCGCGGAGAAGCAAUUCGUUGUGGACGCAAUGCGCUUCGAGAAUGCCAACGUCAUGAGCUCCGUCGUCCGCAACAACGUCAUCAUCCAGCUCAACCGAAUCAGCAAUGACCUUGCCAAGCGCGUCGCCGAGGCGAUCGGUGUUGAGGCACCCGACCCCGACCCGACAUACUACCAUGACAACACCACGGCGAAUAUUGGUGCGUUUGGACAGAGAUUGCUUAGGCUGGAUGGACUGAAGGUGGGCGUUCUCGCCUCCGUUUCGAAUGAGUCCUCUAUCGCCCAAGGAGCCGAGCUUCAGAGCCAGCUCAAGGAGGUCGGUGUGGACGUGGUUGUCGUUGGUGAGCGACUGGCGACUGGCGUGAACCAAACAUACUCGGCAACCGAUGCCGUCAACUUUGACGCUGUGAUUGUUGCAGAUGGCGCCGAGGGGUUAUUCGCCUCCAGCUCGUUUACUGCGUUGCCCACAGCCGAGGCUUCGGGCACGACCUCGUUGUACCCGGCCGGUCGACCCUUGGAGAUUCUCGUUGAUGCAUUUCGUUUCGGCAAGCCCGUGGGUACCUUGGGUCAGGGCGUCCUUGCGCUGGAUGAUGCGCAGAUUUCUUCUGAUCGGGACGGCGUGUACCUCGCUGACGCAGUAGAUGAGGAUUUCGGCAAUCAUAUCAAGGAGGGGCUGGUCACGUACAAAUUCUUGGAUCGAUUUGCGUUGGACGCGUAG